AUGGCGCUGUUCCACAUAGCGCGGUAUGCGGCCCCGGAGGCUGCCGGGCUUGAGGACACGGAGGCAGAGGCGGGCAGCCGGGCACGAGUGCUGCUAGAGCGGCUGCAGAGCCGAGCUCGUGAUCGGCAGCAACGGGAGCCGGAGCUCGAGUCUACUGGGACGGCCGUGGAAACGGCAGGCAGGCGACGGCGGCGGCCCCGGCGGCGGCGUGGUGUGAGCGGCUCGGUGGCUCAGAGCCCGGAGCCUCCUAGGGCGAAGCGACAGAAAGCAGACGACGAUGUGGACGCAGGGAGAGGUGAGGCGGCGCUAGAGCUCAGUGCCGGCGCAGAGAAUCCAGGUAGGAGGCCCCAAGAGGAUGCCCCGAGACCCCUGGCUCCAGGCCCGGUGCUGGGAGACUUUGCAAAGAGGAAGACACCAAAGGUCCAGCCUUUCCUGCCAGCGUGGCUGGCUGAGCCAAGCUGUGUCAAGAAGAGUGUCACUGAGGAUCUUACUCCUAUUGAGGACAUCCCUGAAGUUCACCCUGACUUGCAAAAGCAGCUGAGGGCUAAUGGCAUCUCUUCAUACUUUCCAGUCCAAGCUGCUGUGAUUCCUGCCCUCCUGGAGAGUGCAGACAGUGGGUUUCUGGUAGGCAGAGGUGGCUACCAACCUAGUGACCUCUGCGUUUCUGCCCCAACGGGCAGUGGGAAAACACUGGCCUUUGUCAUCCCUGUGGUACAAGCCCUGAUGCAUCGAGUAGUCUGCCACAUCCGAGCACUGGUUGUGCUUCCCACUAAGGAGCUGGCCCAACAGGUGAGCAAAGUAUUCAACAUCUACACGGACACCACACCUCUGCGGGUUGCCUUGGUAACUGGACAGAAGUCACUGGCCAAGGAGCAGGAGAGCCUUGUCCAGAAGACAGCAGAUGGUUACUGUUGCCUGGCUGACAUUGUGGUGGCCACACCUUGCUCCUGGGAGGUGCUUCCUUCCUCUGAGUCUCUGUGGUUUGUAGAGCAGAUGGUUACUGUUGCCUGGCUGACAUUGUGGUGGCCACACCUGGCCGCCUGGUGGAUCACAUUGACCAGACCCCAGGAUUCAGCCUACAGCAGCUUCGCUUCCUGCCUUUGCUCCUGUCUGCUGCAGAUCAUUGAUGAAGCUGACCGGAUGAUAGACAGCAUGCACCAGUCCUGGCUGCCACGAGUGGUGGCAGCAGCAUUCUACAAUGAAAGCCCCGCAGGCUCCUGUGCCCUGCUUCAGAGGACACAGCCCCAGGCUGUGACUGCUGCCAGCACUUGCUUUCCUCAGAUGCCUCUACAGAAGCUGCUGUUCUCAGCUACACUCACUCAGAACCCUGAGAAGCUGCAGCGGCUUGGCCUCUACCAGCCAAGGCUUUUCUCCACAAGGCUGGGACACCGAGACUCCAAGGACACAGUUGAAGAGGAUGGAAACUUGGGGGGGAAGUACACCUUCCCUGUGGGACUCACGCACCACUAUGUGCCCUGCAGACUCAGUUUGAAGCCACUCAUUGUCUUACACCUGGUCCUUGGGAUGAACUUCUCAAGGGCUCUUUGCUUCACUAACUCAAGAGAACAUUCCCAUAGGCUCUUCCUGCUAGCACAAGCUUUUGGGGGUGUAAGUGUGGCUGAAUUCUCCUCUCGCUAUGGGCCUGGCCAAAGGAAGAAAAUCUUAAAGCAGUUUGAACAGGGAAAGAUCCAGCUCCUUAUCAGCACAGAUGCUACUGCUCGAGGUAUUGAUGUGCAGGGUGUGGAGCUGGUGAUCAACUAUGAUGCCCCCCAGUACCUGAGGACCUAUGUUCAUAGGGUCGGGAGAACAGCCAGAGCAGGAAAAACUGGACAGGCCUUCACACUUCUCUUGAAAGUGCAGGAAAGGAAGUUCCUCCAGAUGGUGUCAGAAGCUGGGGUGCCUGAGCUGCCACGCCAUGAGAUCCCCAGGGAGCUCCUGCAGCCACUGGUCGCCCGUUAUGAGGCAGCCUUGUCUCAGCUGGAGAAGACUGUCAAGGAAGAACAAAAGCUGAAGGUGGCCUAGAUGGAAACCAUGGCCUGGAGGGAACAUCCUGCUGCAGUGAAUGUUUUGUGUGAGCAGAAGGUGCAGUUCUUGGGGUUCCAAUGGAAACAACCCUUCUCCCCAAGCACCAUGGUCGUCUGGGCCAGGCACCCUAGAUGGCGGCUUAGUCCUGAAAAGUAAUGGCCCUUGGUUUAUACUCCUGGGGUCCAUUUGGUCUUUGGAAAUAAGCUCAGGUGAAACUGAAGAAUAUCUUUAGGAAUGUAACCAAAAACUAUGGUCAGCCUUACAGUGACUGUGGAUUAAAGUGCUUAUAGCAUUAGCAUCUACAGAGAAGCUAUGGUGACCCUGUCCCAGACAAGUCAUUAGAGCCCAGGAAGAUGUUUCCAUGGCUACUAGUCUUCAGGAUGAUAUGUUAGAGUUAGCCACCACCCAAGUAUAAAGUAAACUUGAAUGAUAGGAGAAUCCUUUCCUUAAAGCACUUACCUGUGCUUUAAAGAAAACCUGUUUUGAAAAGUCUGUAUAUUUAAAAAAAAAAGAUAGACUGCUUUCAUUUGUUUAGAAAAAAAAAUAAAUGUAUCAUUUAAACCCAUCCAAAUUCCCCGAUAGCUCAAACACUUAGUGACUCAGCAUACCUAGGCGAGCCCAAGAGAGCAGCACAGACACAGAUCCCAUCUUCAGGUCUUUGCUGGCUCUAGGGACAUAGGUAUGGGGAGGCCUCCCACCAUUCUGCCCUAGACCCCUUUUUAAUUUCACACACGUUUACCUGCAUGUACAUCUAUGUACAAUGUGUGCCUAGUUCCCAAGGAGGCCAAAAGUCUGUGUGGUUGUUGGGAAUUGAACCCAGAUUGUCUGCAAGAGCUGUAACCACUGAGCCUUCUCUCUGCCUCUUCCCAAGGUCUUUUGUUGUUGUUUAGUUUGCUUUGUUUUAUGUGCAUCAGUGUUUUGCCUGUACGUAUGUAUGUGUGUGAGGUUGUUGGAUCCCCUAGAACUGGAGCUGCAGACAGUUGUGAGCUGCCAUGUGGGUGCUGAGAAUUGAUCCCCGGUUAGGAGCAGCCAGUGUUUCUUACCACUGAGCCAUCUCUCUGUUCCUUCCCAAGUCCUUUUUUUAUCUGGAACUACCACAGCCUGUCUUCUAUAACUGGUGCCUUGUACCAGGUUGUCUGUCUAUAACCGUCCAGAAUGUUAAUUGUCCUAGUACCAAGGUAACAUCACUUUUCUCUCACAGGAUCAGACUCAUGCAGCAGACACAGGGAUCAUGAAGUAGAGAAUUCAAACCUGGGCUUGCUCGUGGUUAAGUGGGAAAGUGCUGUUCUUUUUUUCUUUCCUCAAAAGAACACUGAUGCAUUAUCUGUAUCGCUAAUGUCAUAAUCCAUGCAGUCACCCUUCCCCAUAUUCCCUUCUCCAUCUGCCUCUAAUCCUACCUUCUGUUAUUCCCUUUCCCCCUUUGUGUCAUUGUAUUAUAUGUCCCCUUCCUGGAAAGAACCUUCCCUCCUUCAUGGCCCCUUAUUAGAUCUGAACUUCUACAGGUUUUCCAAAUGAAACACAUACAUCUAAAAAUCCAAGGCUAAUAUUCACAGAGAGAAAGCAAUGACUUGUCUUUCUGGGUUAUCUCAGGAUGGUUGAUUCCAGUUGCAUGUAUUUACUUGCUACUUUUAUUUACUUUUUAAAUUUCAAACAGCUGAAAAUUACAUUGUGUAAAUGUAGCUCAUUUUCAUUAUCUUUUUAUCAGUUGAUAGGCUUCUAGGCUGUUACCAUUUUCUAGUUAUUGUGAACAGAGCAACUGAAAGAGCAUGUACCCUGUACUAGUAGAUAAUAGUAUAAGCCCAAGAGUGGUGUAAGUGGAACCUGUGGGUGGUUUAAUCUCAGCUUCUUGAGGAUCUACCACUCCUUGAUAGUGGCUGUAUCAAUCUGCACUCACACCAAUGAAGAACUGUCACCCUUUGUCUACA